AUAAAGACAUUCUUAUACUAUCAAACUCUUCACUCCAUGCAUCGGCUAUGUCUCUCUCUCUCUCUCUCUCUGAACCCCAAAAUGCAGAGCCUUUCUUUGUCACUGUCUCCUUCAACACAACGUGUUUCAUAUCACAAACCUUCUUCUUCAUCUUCUUCUUCUUUACCUCUUAGUCUCACCAUUAAUGCACUUCCAUGGCCAUUUUCUUCUUCUCUUCUCACUGCUCGAAAGUCUUCUCCUUUCCUCAUUUCCUCUGCAAAAUUUGCAUCUUUAAAGGUCUUUGCUGCCUCUUUUCCAGAUGCUAAGAGUGAUGAACCAGCCAAACAAACUAGUUUUGUUAACACUCUUCAACUUGGAGCUAUGUUUGCAACCUGGUACCUCUUGAAUAUUUACUUCAACAUCUACAAUAAGCAGGUUCUAAAAGUCUAUCCAUUUCCAGCAACAGUUACAGCAUUUCAAUUUGGCUUUGCAACGUUGAUGAUUAAUUUGAUAUGGGCUUUGAAUUUACAUCCAAGACCAAACAUUACUGGUUCACAGAUUGUAUCAAUCUUUCCACUGGCUGUGGCUCACACAAUGGGGAACUUGUUGACCAACGUUAGUCUUGGCAAGGUUGCUGUAUCAUUCACUCACACCGUCAAGGCUAUGGAACCUUUCUUCACUGUUGUUCUUUCUUCCCUUUUCCUGGCUGAGAGGCCCACUUUGUGGGUGGUUUCUUCACUUGUACCAAUAGUAGGGGGAGUGGCACUUGCAUCAAUGACUGAAGUCUCUUUCAAUUGGAUUGGGUUCAGCACGGCUAUGGCAUCUAACCUUACUAAUCAAUCGCGGAAUGUUUUGAGCAAAAAAUUGAUGACUAAUGAAGAGGAAGCUUUGGACAAUAUCAAUCUCUACUCAGUUAUAACAAUCAUUUCCUUUAUCAUGUUGGUUCCGUGUGCUAUACUUUUGGAAGGUGUCAAGUUUACUCCUUCAUACCUGCAAUAUGCUGCAAGCCAAGGGCUUAAUAUUAGGGAGUUAUGUGUGAGAUCGGUUUUGGCUGCUUUCUGCUUCCAUGCAUACCAGCAGGUAUCUUAUAUGAUAUUACAGAUGGUGUCACCUGUGACCCACUCAGUUGGAAAUUGUGUGAAGCGUGUGGUUGUCAUAAUUUCUUCUGUUAUCUUCUUCCAAACUCCAGUCUCACCCAUUAACACAAUUGGAACUGCAUUUGCACUAGUUGGAGUUUUCUUGUACUCAAGGGCUAAACGGAUUAAGCCAAUGCCAAAAACACAUUAAGGUAGCAUUAACCCUUCCAAAGGAAAAAUAGUGUUGACAUAACACCCAUUAUUUUAUUAUUAUUUUUGUAUAAAUAUGCUUCUCCAUGCGAAGUCUCAUUGAUAAAAAGAAAUAUUUUUGUUAUUGGAUAUUAUUAUUCUUU